ACUCAUGACAUAGUGAUGUCAUAGACAAUGACUUUGACAUAGUCAGUGACCCUGUCUGUGUCAAAGUCAUUGAGUUCCAAGAGUUCCAAGGUAGGAUUGCUUUCUGUGAUUAUACGUUUGUAAAAGGAUUGCUAUCCAAAAACAAGACGAAAAUGAGACGUUCAAUACAAGAAUGGCAGACCAUGGAGGAUGAAUUAACUGACGAUGAUCCUCAAUCCCAAAAGAACCUCAUGAAAAAUGAGGAUGAAAGAGCCAGAGACACAACACGGCGAUCCACACUGCCAGAGGACAACCAGACAGAAAACUCUCCGUCCAAAGAGAGAGUCCAACAAGCUGAAAAAGAUUUACGGAAACAACAACAGAACACAUAUCAGCUGAAGAAGGAAAUUAAAUUGCUGGAGGUUAAAAAUUUUAAACUUUCCAACAACUUUAAAGGGAUUUCCGCUAAAUUUCUGGAAAGUGUAACUAGGAUUGAGGAACUAGAAGGUCAGUUAAAAAACAUGGAACAAGCUCUUGCAGAGAAGACACAUUCUCUCAUGGCUGAAACUGCACGGAGGCGCGACUUGUCUGACAAAGUGGCAGGACUGAAAGUGUACAGAGAUCGAGCCCUUGAUGCAGAAAAACAGGUGAAAGAGCUGAAAGACGACAACCAAAGAUUGAAAAUACAGGUAGAUGCGUCUCAGCUAAAAGCAAUGACAUCUAGAAAUGAAUCAGAGAGCCUGAAAGCUGAGCUUAAGAUGCAGUCUGAUAUAUUGAAAACUAAAGAGAACACAAUUGACAAUUUUAAGAUGGUCUUGGAUGCAAAGGAAAAGAUACUUGAUGCUCAGAAGGAGGAGAUUAAGAAACAACGCAAAGUCGCACAAGAGACAGAAAUGGAGGCAAAAAGAAAUCGCCAGAAUGAAGAAACUUCUAUGAAGCGACUAAAACACAAAGAUGACGAAAAUCUGAGCCUACGAAAGGAAAUCACGUCAUUACACAAGUCUUUGCAUGAUUUUGAGAGGAAGAUGUCUAAACAAGAGUCGAAAUACCAAGUCCUCCAGGAGAAAUGUGAACGUGCUCAAACAGAAAAAGCAAACCUACAGAAAAAAUAUCAAAAACUAAAAACUUCUGCAGCAAAUCUUGAGAAAGAGAUUAUUGAAACCCAGACACUCCUGGAAAAGUCCAAGCAAGAGACUCAAUUUUUUAAACAUCAGGUGGAGCAGGUCAAGAUAAAGCUGGUUGACACGAAAGACAACAGCAAGGAAAAUAAGAUAAAAUUUGAAAAGGACCUCCUGCGUACACGGGAAGAUUACAUGAAACUGAAAACGCAGAGAGAAGACGCUCUGACCAAAAACAGAAGAGCUGCAGAAGUACUUCUCAGCAAUAACAGAAAAAUUGGAAUACAAGCCGAUAUCAUUCGUGAACAGGAAUGCAAGAUCGUAGAACUAACUAAGGAAGUUCUGCGACUCCAUGCAAAUGAGCAGAAAUUCAGAAUGGUUAAAGAAACGUAUUCCAAGGUGCAAAGGCUGGGGCUAAAUGAGGAGAAUGGAGAUAUUAUACUUCUCCCAGACACGGACAAGAAAACGGGAAAACUCACAAUGCUUCGCACUGAGAACCGCAGAUUGUCCACAAAACUGAAAGAGAAAGUGACAGAAAUUGAAAAUCUAAAGCUUGAGGAGGCGAAUCUCCAGAAUGUGAUGAAGUGUCUCACGUCUAAGUUAGACCAUGUGCCGGAAGAUGUAAUGCUUCAAGUUCAGGAGAGUCAGACCACCAUCAAAGCUCUGAGAAGACAGAAAAAAGCACUAGAGGCAGAGGUAAUAAGACUGAGCGAUUUUGAAACUGGUAAACACCCCUGGGUGUUGUACAAUGGGAAAAUGGGUGAACUACAACAGAAAAUGCAAAUAGGCGGCCUCCACCAAAAGCUUUUGAGGUUCAAUGGAACAAACAAGGUGGAAAGUGUGUCAAGGUUUGCUGCAGAUGCUGAACAAAAUUGUCCAGUUUUGGUAUAUUCUGUGGAGUCAAGCAUUACUAAUGUUGAGCACAUUCUUCCAAACUUUGGUCCCAAUACGGAUUAUUCCUAUCCCUGGGAUUGGAACAUUACCUCUUCUAGGAAGUGGUCUUUGUAAAGCUGUUUGAAUGGAGUGUUGUCUGGUUGGGAACUAGAAAUAAUUCUUUGUUACAAUGUAUAUAAAU